CGCGUCAAUCCAUCAUUUACUCCUCCAUCCCACUUCACCCCAGACACAUUCUACACAUCACUUAUACCCCAUACCAAGAUACCACAACACACAAAACACAAAACAUUAAGAAGCCACCAUAGGGAACUAUACAAAAUGGCGCCCUCAGCCGAAACCCUCCCCACACAGGAGUCAACUCCCCAACCCACCACCACCACCACUACCACUCCCCAGCCUAUUCCCCACGACCCAACCCACGAAGAACACCAAUACCUGAACCUAAUCCGCCGCAUCCUCGCAGAAGGCGAGCACCGCCCGGACCGCACCGGCACCGGCACACGCUCAAUCUUCGCCCCUCCACAGAUGCGCUUCUCUCUCUCCAAACCCUCCACCACCUCAGAAGAAGAACCAUACACCCCGAUCCUCCCCCUCCUGACCACCAAACGGGUCUUCCUGCGCGCCGUCCUCGCCGAACUCCUCUGGUUCAUCUCCGGCACAACCUCCUCCGUGCCCCUCAGCGAAGCGGGGAUCAAGAUCUGGGACGGCAACGGCUCGCGCGAAUACCUGGACAAAGUAGGUCUCUCGCACCGGGAAGUGGGCGACUUGGGUCCCGUGUACGGCUUCCAAUGGAGACAUUUCGGGGCGGAAUACGUCGACGCCAAGACAGAUUAUACCGGUCAGGGUGUGGAUCAGUUAGCGGAGGUGGUGAAGAAGUUGAAGGAGAAUCCGUUCGAUCGGAGGAUUAUCAUGUCGGCGUGGAAUCCGAAGGAUAUGAGGAUUAUGGCUCUGCCGCCUUGUCAUAUGUUUGCGCAGUUUUAUGUUAGGUUUCCGGAUGCGAAGAGGGAUGAAACCGGGGUGGUUAGGGAUGGGGAGUGGGGGAAGGGCCAUUUGGAUUGUUUGUUGUAUCAGAGGAGUGCGGAUAUGGGACUUGGUGUGCCGUUUAAUAUUGCUUCUUAUGCGUUGUUGACGCAUUUGUUGGCUCAUGCGGUUGAUAUGGUUCCCGGGACAUUGGUGCAUACCUUGGGUGAUGCUCAUGUUUAUUUGGAUCAUGUGGAGGCGUUGAAGGAGCAGAUUGAGCGUGAGCCGGUGGCGUUUCCGGAGGUGAGGAUUAAGAGGGGGGAUAGGGGUAGUGGGGUUGUGGAUGGGUGGAAGGAGGAGGAAUUUGAGGUCAUUGGGUAUAAGCCGCAUAAGGCGAUCAAGAUGAAGAUGAGCGUUUAGCUGAUACUAUACUACAGCGUAUAUAGAGUUAAGAAGACAGUGAUAGAUGAAUAUGUUUAAAUAGCAAGCAAAGCAAACAAGGGUAUAUACUCUACAUUUCCCCCUCUACACCACCAUAUCCCUCCGGGGGAAUUCCUAUAAAAUAACCCCCGCCCCCCUCAACAACACAACCGUAUCCCCAGACUUCACCUUC